CGGUCUAAAGCACAGAAAGCAGGGAACUUGCUGCCAGUUAACGAGUAGGAGCCAUGGCUGCAACUGCUCAGUAUCUGCCCAGGAAUAACACAUUGCCUUCCAAUCCUCUCAUGCAUCCGGACUCCGACAGGAUGCACCAGGGCACCACCUACCGAGAGGUGCAGAAGAUGAUGCACCAAGAAUACCUGCAAGGCUUGGCCACCAACGCCGGGCACCCCAUGAGCCUCACCCAUCACCAGUGGUUGCCCAAUCCCACCAGUGACUGGGGCAGCGGGUCUCACCUAGGUGGGCAGAACGAUCACAGCAAAGCAGGCGUGCAAAGCAGCAGAGAGGACCUGAGCACCAGCUUCCACCACCACAGGACCCACCUGGUCCACCAACAGACGCCCAGCAGUCAUGCCUGGGCACAGGGUGGGGGGCAUCACUUGUCUCCCAUGUCCCCCAGCUCCAACAGCCACCAGCCUCUGAUUUACUCCCAGACCUCUUAUACAAACCUGAAUGGCAUGCUGGGGCCCCAGGCUUCUUCUUUGCACCACAGCAUGAGAGACCCCUUGCAUGAUGACCCGGGGGUCCAUGACACUCACGUUGAGUCGCCUCCUCAGCACCUAAACCACCAUCAGGACCACUCCGACGAAGACGCCCCCAGCUCCGACGACCUGGAACAGUUUGCCAAGCAGUUCAAACAGAGGAGGAUCAAGCUGGGCUUCACCCAGGCAGAUGUUGGCUUGGCCCUGGGCACCCUGUAUGGCAACGUUUUCUCCCAAACCACCAUCUGCAGGUUUGAAGCUUUGCAACUGAGUUUCAAGAACAUGUGCAAACUGAAGCCCCUAUUGAAUAAAUGGCUGGAGGAGACAGAUUCCACCACAGGAAGCCCGACCAACCUCGACAAGAUUGCAGCCCAGGGAAGGAAAAGGAAGAAGAGAACCUCCAUUGAAGUUGGGGUGAAGGGGGCACUAGAGAACCAUUUCCUAAAGUGCCCCAAACCAUCAGCCCAUGAGAUCACCAGCCUGGCAGACAGUCUCCAGUUGGAGAAGGAGGUGGUGAGAGUUUGGUUUUGCAACAGAAGGCAGAAAGAGAAAAGGAUGACCCCAGCAGGGGUUCCUCACCCCCCCAUGGAGGAUGUGUAUUCACAAGCAGAGACCCCUCCACUCCAUCACACACUGCAGACCUCCGUACAAUGACUAAGAAAUCUAUAAAGAGAGGAUGUGAGGGGGUGGGGAUGAAGCGACACCACCCAAAUGACAUUGGAGAUACUGGAUCCAGAUACUGGCUGGCUGUCACAUUGGGCGAUGUGAGAAAGAAGAAUAAAUGAGUUGGCACACCUCAUCGUCUGUAGUUUUCUGUAGGAGGGCAGAGAAACCUCCUGCCUUAUCUAACUGCAUUAUCACAAUAUACAUAAGAGUUCAGUGGAAAAAUUUCACUAUAUCUGUUUACUGCUCCUAAUCCGCCAUAUCCUGAUAAUUAUAGCAUUUAGGAAUACGGACUGGAUCUUGUAUUCUGACAUAGUUCAUGUCUGUUCUAGUCUCUAAGUAUUAUGUCCACUACUGUCUUAAUAGUUGCAGGUCAGUAGAUUAACACAUUGUGCACUUUCUCCUACUGAAUCCUUUCAGUUUCUUCCUUUUACUUUGAGUUUCUUUUUCCUUACUCUCCCAGGAGAGGACCAGUCUGCCUUUUAUCUGCUCAUCAAUAUGCUGUGUUGAAUCGCGAUCCACCUUCCUCCCCCUUAGCAAAGGAGAGCCGUAAUUACCACCAUCUAAUCCUCUCCUUGGCCAGAGAGGCCUGCAUUGCAUUCUGGGUUAAACAGAUUUAGAACACACUACAAUAAUAUUAUUCACAUGCUAAAUGAUGCUGGGGUACAAACGGCAGAGAACAAUACAAGCAUUCCUGCCGAAGGCCUAAAGAAAACAUAUCUGGCCUACCAGCACUAAAAUUUGAGGCCCUUAAUAUUCAGCAGUCCAUAUGUGGAUAUGCUUAAAAUAUAUGUAACGUGCAGGGUACAAGGUACUAUACAUUCCGGUUAUGUGCAUUAUGGCAUUGGUCUCACUAUUUAGUUUUGCCAUAAAAGAUCAGAAAGAAGGAAAGUGUUGCAAAGUAUGAUAAAUACUGUCCUCACUUUUCAGCUAGAAGUUGUAGUUUUGCAACAGCUGGAGGCACACUGGUUGAAAAAAAAAACACUUACGUAUAGGAUAACACGAUCAUAAUUUCUCACAUUAUAUUUGUACACUAAGUUAUCCACAGAAAUGUUUACAGAUAAAUUGAUGACAUUCUGUUCUGUAGUUGUAAGACAGAACCAGCCCCAAUCCUUCUGUAUCCAUGGAUAACCGACUAUUUUGUAUCCAAGUCAGUGUAUACUUUGCUAAGAAUCAAUAUAAAAAUG